AUGGCGACUACCUUGUUAAGAAAGUUAGAGGUUAAAAUCUUCUUGUUGCCCAGCCGCAAAGAUGGACCGCAUUGGACGCUCAUCGGGGACGGCCACCAUCACCACCUCUUGGGGCACCCUAAAACCCAAGAACACCAUGUCCAUCUUCCUUCUAGCACAGCCUGGAUAAAGGGUUGCUUCCUUUUCCUCGUUUCCAACAUCUUUUGGGGCUUGUGGCUUGUUUUGCAGGCAACUAUUAUGAAAAGCUACCCUCCAAAGCUUCUGUUCGUAACUCUUCAGUGCUUUUUGAGCACCAUUCAAUCCUUUGCCACUGCCAUUGCUUUUGAAAGAGACCCUUAUCAAUGGAAGCUGGGUUGGAAUGUCAGACUCGUAGCCGUAGCUUAUUGUGGAAUCAUUGUGACUGGCGUUACAUACUACUUGCAAGCAUGGGUUCUUGAGAAGAAGGGACCAGUUUUUCUUGCCAUAUCUACACCUUUGGCUCUCAUCAUUACAAUGUUCUCUUCCGCAAUUCUCUUAGGCGAGAUCAUUACCUUGGGAAGGUAA